AUGCACAAGAAGCUGGCUGCUUCGAUAGUUGCUUUGCGGCUUUUCUGGGCUAUCCAAAUCUUUCCAACAGCAGUACUGCCUCCUACUAUCCAGAGAAGAAGGCCUUGGGUCCAUUGCCUCUACCUCGACAAUGGGCUGAAAUACCAUCCGAGAAGCGUGGGAAUAUCCAGGUUGAGGUGGUUUCCCAUGCCAAGGAGACACCAAAAGGCUGGAUCAACCAGGACUCGGCCAUGGCUGUGCUUCCUGCCGGGUGCUCCGAAAACGGAGAUGGUGGCGGUGGUGUCUUCCUCUUCGGUGUUUUCGAUGGUCACGGGCGGAUGGGCCAUGAGGCCUGGGCAUUUGAGCAAUCAGCCAGUCCAUCCCUCGCAGAAUCCGGGCAAAGCUUUGGAGGGUGCAUUUCGGAACACCGACGACGACAUCUUUGCCAGCAUGGGGGCUGAUGUCGAGUACAGCGGGUCAACUGGGGUGGUGGCGAUGUUGGACCAAGGCCAAAGAAUGCUGACGAUGGCCAAUGUGGGUGACUCCAGGGCGGUUUUGGGCCGCCUUGAAGGUUCAACUUGGUGCGCCAUCCCACUAACGACAGAUUUGAAACCUGACCUUCCGGAGGAGCGAGAACGAAUAGAACUAAGCGGAGGAACCGUUUGUCAGUUUCGCGAUGAUGAAGGAGUAGAGGCUGGUCCAUUCCGAGUGUGGGAUGGACCUGCUUGUGAGAAGCCUGGUUUGGCAGUGUCACGGAGUCUGGGGGAUGGUGCUGCCAGAGCUCUAGGUGUAACAGCGAUCCCCGUGGUAACAAAGCACCAUUUGCAACCACAGGACAAGUUCCUCAUCAUAGCAACGGAUGGCUUGUGGGACUCCCUUGACAAUCAGGAGGUGAUUCGCAUUGUGGCCAAAUUCCAGAAUAUGCCAUCCAUUGCUCUCAAAGCAUUGACGGAGGCUGUGAGACGGAUGGAGGGCGAUGAACUCUCUGACGACACCACCAUCCUCCUCAUCCGUUUUGCUUAG